AUGUCUGCUCCCUCCGCCUUCGAGAAGGCGCAAGCAGCCGCAGCUAAGAUCGCCGCAAAAGUAUCCAAGCAGCAAGAGCAAAAAUUCGCCAGCCACACGAAGCGCAAGAUUGAGAACUUCGCAUCCAACUUCCACGCCACCCUCGAAGUCAACCACCUCACCACGUUAGCCCGCCUCGCCGCCACCAGCGCAGGCACCAUUGCCCAAGUCUCCAAUACCGGAGGCGCCCUCACGGUGCGUGGAAAAUUCUACUCUGGCAACAGUCAGCCAGCUUCCGCUCGCGAUGAGCCGAAACUCAACGUCUUCGUCGAGGGAAUGACCGAAGCCAUCGUGCGCGCGGCGAUGGCUCUAGUCGGCCGCUACAUCCAGGAAGGAGUCAUCAAGGAUCGGACUGCGAGCGCGCGUGAAAAGGCUAGUCGUGAUGAGAAGCUUCUCGCGAGCGUGAAGGCCAAGCAGCGCCAGAAGGAGGACGACCGUGCGCGUGAGGAUCCAUACGGCGCGAUGGGCAAUCCAGGCAAGGAUAAGGAGGAUCGCGACUUGGAGGCGGUUGAACCGGCGUUGGGAGGAGCGCAGGCGGUCGACCAGACGCCUAUCUUGCUCAAGUGGCAGACGAGCUGGGCUGGUGAGAUCAUGGUUUGA